CUCCGGAGGGCAAGGAGGGAUUAUUACACGAGUAUGGACUCUAUUGUCUUUACGAAAAAGCGAGCUUUGUGGUUUCUGGCCGCCCUUGGCGCACUGGUAAGUUUGCACUGCUUUCACCACAUCAUACGCCACGGCUUCGGUAUAGUCUACCGGUGAGGGAGAGAAGGGAGGAUGGGCAAGGAGCGCGAGGGUUUCUCUUUGCUGAUGCUCCUCCUGGUGGUGGUGGGCGGAUGCACGGCCCAGAGAGGGAGAAGCGUGGGAGAGAGAGCAGCUCAACAACCCCUCCCCCACCAUGCUCUGCUCGUGCUCGAGCACAGUACCACUCUUCCUCCACCCCAACUUGAUAGCGCCCGGUCAUUGAUGAUCAUCCCCGACCCUUCGCCCCCCCCCCCUUCUCCCUCGUUGCUUCCACCGCUCCCCCCUCUUGACAGCUCAGCAAAACAAAACCUUCCUGUUCCCGCUGUGUUACUCACGCUUGUUUUCUGCAAUCUAAUCUUCUGUUAACAAACUAGGUUGCCCUAUUCCUUAACUACCGGUACCAACCUUAUCAGCCUUUUGCCUCUCAGUCACCCCCCCAGCCAAAGAUGUCCGCGAAAGAAGGUACUGUUUUGGUCACUGGCGGGACCGGUUACAUUGGGUCCUUUACUACUUUAGAGCUUCUGGUUGCUGGUUACGAGGUUAUUGUUAUUGAUAACCUCUACAACUCUUCGGAGGAGUCCCUAAACCGUAUCGAGCGCAUCUGUGGCAAACGUCCGAUAUUCUACAAGGCGGACGUAACCGACCAAGAAGCGCUCGACAAAAUAUUCAAAGAUCACCCGGAUAUCGACUCUGUUAUUCACUUUGCUGCCUUGAAGUCUGUUGGAGAGUCUACUGAGAUCCCCGUCGAAUACUACCGUGUCAAUGUCGGAGGAACGAUCUCUCUCCUCCGCUCCAUGGAAGCGAAUGGCGUGAAGAACAUUGUUUUUUCCUCUUCAGCUACCGUUUACGGUGACGCUACGAGGUAUCCGAACAUGAUCCCCAUCCCAGAGACUUGCCCCAUUGGUCCUACCAACCCUUAUGGGAGAACCAAGAUGAUGAUCGAGAUGGUUAUCGAGGACCAUGUCGAGUCGCAUCCUGGCUGGAACGCCGCGCUUCUUAGAUACUUUAACCCUGCUGGCGCUCAUCCGUCAGGAAUCAUGGGGGAGGAUCCUCAGGGAGUUCCUUACAACCUUCUACCUUUAUUGGGGCAAGUCGCCGUAGGGCGCCGGGAGAAGCUUAAGGUCUUCGGAACAGAUUAUGCCUCCCACGACGGUACUGCGAUUCGCGACUACAUCCACGUUGUUGACCUUGCCAAGGGCCACAUCGCAGCUCUGAACAAGCUUAGGAAAGACAAGCCUGGGUGUCGGGCGUGGAACCUUGGCACCGGAAAAGGUUCUACAGUCUUUGAAAUGAUCGGGGCCUUUUCGAAAGCUGUUGGAAGAGAUCUUCCCUAUGAGGUUGUUCCUCGAAGGAAGGGAGAUGUUCUGGAUCUUACGGCAGUCCCAACUAGGGCUAACGAGGAGCUCGGAUGGAAAGCUGAAAUGACGCUUGAACAAGCUUGCGAAGAUCUGUGGAAAUGGGUGUCCAACAAUCCACAAGGGUAUCGACAAAUGCCUCCACAGAUGCUGCUGGACGCGCUAGCGGAGACGAGAACGAAGCUGCCAUCAUAGAUGAGCAUAACUAGAUGAUCGAUCCGUUUCGAGUUUUUUAGACUGGGGUUUUCACGAUGGUUCUCUAGUAUAUUCGGCAAGGAGUUGAGCCAGUAGUCUGUAAACUAGGGUCUCAUGCUUUGGAGUCUUCUUUCUCGCAUUGGCGGGGCGAAUUGGGUGCAUUUAAUACACUUUCAUUCCUGCGUU